AUGUUGGAACUCUUUAUAUCGAUAUUGCACCAACAACGACGGCAAAAGCGUUCCGAUUCGGUAGCAUCCUACAAUCUAGCCUCUCACGUCGCAAAGAAAUCCAAGUUGGCGGACGUACUAUUGGACGGUGUGGAGAAGCUGGGAGAAACUUCGUUUCCCUCAUCCGCUGGUACGCUGGCUAUCUUCACAACCCUCUUCCAAUUCAAAAGUCGUCUUAGUUGCCCCACUAACACCUCAACGAGGCCUAACUCCGCCAUCGAAUCUUACAGUGUUAGACUUGUGUCAAAUUUUGAUAUCCCUGAUGUGAACAAGAAUUCCACAAUUCGCCGUGCUGAAUAUAGUCGCCGUACUGAUGCUGUUCGUCAUAGUCUCGACGUGAGGCACAAUCGCAGCCACCAGCAAUCACUUUACGAAUUCGCUCUCGUAACCUGUCUAGGCGUCAAUUCUAAUGCUUCAUCUUCGUCUCUACUCCUUGAUUUAGCAUGUGGCGCCUUUCUACCCUUUGGAGGUUAUAGUCUGACAGCAAAACUCCCCUUCAAACUCGGUUUGGAUCAGUUGGUACGCCCCAUUCCAGGCAUCGACUUUGCGCGAUGCUCAUUGUGGGUGACGGCGAAUGGUGAUCCUGGGGUAAUCAGCCUCUUUGCGCAAGAAUGCGUUCGGGUGCUGGCAAGUAGGGGCGGAGCGGCUGUUUUCCAAUUUUAUCCUGGAAACAAGGGUGAUCUUGAUGCAAUUUGUGAAGCUCUUGCAGAUGCGCAUCACUGUGUUCACGGGUGUCGUUUAAGUGCUCGACCUGUUGAAAACAGGGGAAUUAAAAUAUUUGUAUACUGUGUAAGGCGCAAUUUUUGUGGUAUUUGGGCGCGGCAGCUGGGCAACAAAUUCAAGAGUUGUAACUUUAAUGACUUGAGUCUGCCGCUGCAGCGCCUAAGUCUUCCUCGAAGUUAUUAUUGCCAUGAAUGGGUCUGGAUGGCCCGAAAUCUGAAUCGUGAUGAAGUCUCAUGCCACAUUUGGCAACAGAUUCAACGAAUUGACACCCUGGAUCCCGAGGAUGAUAUGGGCUGGACUCUGCGAUUCUGUAUCAACAUAUACGCAGCCGUUCUUGACAUGUUUGCACGAAUCCUGCGUCAUACUGCUGAGCAGUUGAGCGUCUUAGCACUGUACCACCCCGCUGGACGUCUUCUGUGA